AUGGCCGCUACCACACCCGCUCCGAGUCCGACUUCAGCUCCGUCAUCCCGGCCCGGCCUGACCACCAGCCCCGGCGCCGCAAUGCCCUCUCCCUCCCCUUCUGACUUGUCCUUCCCGCAGGAUGCCUUCCCACGUCUCUCAGUCGUGACGCCCACGCGCCUCAUGCUGGGAACUAUCUCGUCAGCGCUCGUCGGGUUCUCACUUGGGGCGACGCAGGGUGGACAGAUGGCGCAGCUGCGGUUCCGGGCCGAGCAUGCACACAAGAUGCCUGACACGACGACAGGGUGGUACUUUUACCACAAGAGCAAGAACUACCACGCCAUGCAGGGCGGGAUCCGUGAGGGCUUUCGCAUGGGGUUGAAGACGGGGUUCUGGAGCUUGAUGGCGUUGUCACUCGAGAGCACGGUCGAUCGUUAUCGCGGGGCCAGCGACAUGUUUUCCACCACGAUAGCCACGCUUACGGUCGCUGGCGCGUUUUCCCUCUGGCGUAAGUGGUCCAUUUUCCUUCUGUCUAUCUUGAUUUACCAAACCUCGGCUGCGCGCAUUGACUAA